AUGGAAUUGCUGCUGAGAAGAGGCGUCGACCCGAACUUGGUCAAUGAUGAUGGAAUGACGGCUCUGCACCUUAUUUGCAGGAGAGGCCAAGACGACGAUUUGGCGGAACGAUUUUUCACUGUCAAUACCGAAGUCGGUCAGCAGGUGCUGGUCAAUGUUCAAGAUAAUUUGGGCAACACGCCGCUGCAUUUGGCUCUGUCUCGGGGCCACAGAAACUUGGUAAAAUUGCUGCUGAGAAGGGGUGCUUCAACAGCGGAACCUCUGCACGACAUUUGCAAGAGGGACCAAGAUGACGGCUUCGCGAAUAUGUACUUCCAUAUCAACGCAGAACUCGAUCGACCGGUGGACGUCGAUGCCCGGGACCAGUUGGGUCGGACACCGCUGCAACUGGCUCUGACGAGUCUCCUGCCCGAUGCGAUCGAUGCGCUAUUGGCUAACGGCGCCGCUCUGCCAAGUGCCUUCCCCCCCACCGUGGAUGAUUUUCGCCAGAGAUUCAAUCCGGUAAAAUAUAACGAAAAUUAUGUUAAAUUGAGAAUAGCAUCUGGCAUUCUGGUCGUUAUCGAGUGCUUAGAUAAACAUGGAUACGAGAUGGACCAAACCAUAGCCUUUGAAGAUCAUGAAAUUAUUCGCUGA